GAGGACACGGAGCGAGAGAGUGAGAGAGAGAAGAGGACACAGAGAGAGAGAAGAUGAGAGAAGCAUCCCUCUGCCUAGUGCUGGUCCUCUGCAGUGCUCCCGGCUACAACAGUGCAUUCACCGUGAGCGAGCCGUAUAUGCACACUCUGCAUCGGAACGGCUCCGUGUCCGUCACAUGUCACCAUAACAACAGCGCGGCAAAGGAGAUGGACGCCAAGCUGCUGUGCGGCGGUGACAUCAUGUGUGAGGAAAAAAAGCAUGGCUGCUCUAUGUGGUCGGUUAGCCAGUUGAACGUGACGUUCAACCUGUGGAACCUCCAGGCUGGCGACGAGGAACAACUGUGCUGGUGCAUGUUCUCCAGGACAGACCCACUUCCUGUCAUCCAGGUGGAGGGGAGUAAAACCAAGCUGUUCCCAGGGAGUAAGAUACCUUUCCCACCUCCGCGGAACACCACCUGCGCCCCCCUCUCCACCUCUGCCCCGGACCCCUCAGAUUCCACACCCCCCACAGACCCCCUGGUCUGGGUCUUGGCUGGUACCGUCGCUCUUCUCUGCCUGUACAGCUUCGUCGUGACCAUCCUCUUCCUCAAACUCAAGGUCAGCAGAAAAGAAGUCCUGUAUGACACGCUGACAUACAUUCCAGUGCAGGGUCGGGCUGUGAGAGGUCCGAGAGACGUGAAUGAAGAGUACAUGGACAUGCGUGAGGUGCAGACCAAGACUUGGCCAACCAGAGACCUGAACCACAACUCUCAGGCCACGCCACCCAACGGCUUCCACGUCUAACACCCAACUACUACACCUUCAGCUGUAUGUAGCUUCAGUUAUGUGUGAACUAAUGCACUGCUGCUGUUCCCAGACCAGUAUGUGUGGUGUGUGUGUGUGUGUGUGUGUGUGUGUGUGUGUGUGUGUUUGGGGGGGUGCAGGCAGUUCACUCAUUGGCCCAAGAUCAGUUCACAAACCUGCAAUCACGAGUCUGUGUUGCUUUGGAUAAAAACUAGCCAGCUUUUAACUUUAUCUUUCCCUGCUCUAAAGUAUACUUGAUUCAAGAUUUGAAGCUUGUAUGACAAUCUGUUGAGAGUUGACAACAUAGUAAAAAGAGAACUCCCAUACACUGUCCACUUUGUAAGCAAUUAUGUUUAUUAUAGGAAUGUUUCGGUGAAACGACCAUCAUCAUCAAUAGGCAGGCAAAUUAGCCUGAUGAUGGUUAGAUAUAAUUGCUUACGAAGUGGAUAGUGUGCGUGAGCGCUCUCUUUACUACGUUGGUGACCUUUGGUAUUCUCUGACGCACCUGUCCAUAAAGGUGUGCUAAUGUGCUGUGUUGAUAAUAUGCAUUGUUUGCAUGACUAGUGUAGUGUGUAGUACACCUGUAGUAGUGUUGUAUUUACAACAUGUAUUAAAACUGUUUUGUGUAUGACUUUAAUAAAUAUUUUAUACUAAAACAU